ACCUGGUAAAUUUUUGCCAGUAUUUCUUGAGCAAUCGAAUGUCGACUGUUAUUUCGAUUACAGUUCGAUUUUUGUUUCGUCAUUUUUUUGGCAUUUUUAAUUCAAUAAAUUAGUGUAAUCAAGAAAUACCACCGCACAGAUGGAUCCAUAUUUGGCGGAAGUGUUGUGGAUAGUAGUGUUAGGUUUCCUGGUAGCAUUCGUUGUUGCAUUUGGUGUGGGUGCCAAUGAUGUGGCAAACAGUUUUGCGACUAGUGUCGGUUCCGGAGUCCUAACAUUUCGGCAGGCGUGUUAUUUGGCGUCAGUAUUCGAAUGUGCCGGUGCUAUUCUUAUUGGCUACAAGGUCUCAGACACGAUCCGGAAGGGAAUUCUCGAUGUUUCGGUGUUUGACGGUGACGAAAGGACUUUGAUGCUUGGCAUGCUGGCCGCACUGAUUGGCAGCGCGAGUUGGUUGUUAGUUGCAACAUACUUCAAACUGCCUGUAUCUGCAACGCAUAGUGUCGUUGGUGCUACAGUUGGAUUUGGCUUGGUAGCGAAAGGGGCAAAUGGAUUGCAAUACAUGCAAUUAAUCACGAUUGUUGCAUCUUGGGUCGUAUCACCGCUUCUGAGUGGUCUCAUAACCGUCGGACUAUUUUUGCUCAUCCAUUAUUUCAUUCUAAAAGCAAACAAUCCACUUAAAGCCGGUUUCGUUUCGCUACCUGUUGUAUACUUUGUUGUCGUCUUCAUAAACGUUUUGAGUGUCACUUUCGACGGAUCAAAAUUACUGAAAAUGGACAAUCUUGAGCUGUGGCUUAUAUUUACUAUUGCAACCGGAGCUGCUAUAAUAGUGGCUAUCGUUGUUCAGAUUUUCAUUGUGCCAUGGCAGAGAAAGAAAAUUCUUGCCAGUAAAUCAACAGAAAAUGGUUUUGCAUCCAAUACCACUAUAGUUACGACUGUUUCGACAAAGUCAUUAGAGUGCCCUAUUCCUGAAAAAUCUGAAAAUACCGAAGAUGCCGACAACGAAGAAAGUGUAAACAAACUGUUCAACUUCCUUCAGAUUCUUAGUGCAGUAUUCAGCAGUUUUGCUCAUGGUGGUAAUGACGUGAGUAAUGCAAUCGGACCACUUAUUGCAAUCUGGUUGAUAUACACAGAGGGAACCACCGGUUCAGAGACUGAAUCUCCAAUUUACUUACUACUUUAUGGAGGAGUUGGCAUUGUUUUGGGUUGUUGGGUAUUCGGUAGAAGAGUCAUUGAGACUGUUGGCACAAAUCUGACCAAAAUCACUCCAACAACCGGUUUUGUGAUUGAAAACGGAGCCUCUGCCACUGUUUUAUUGGCUAGCAAGCUCGGACUUCCCAUCUCGACCACACAUUGCAAAGUCGGAAGUGUGGUAUUUGUUGGAUGGACAUACAAUCAAACUAGAAAAGAUAAAAGUGCACAGCCAGUUAAUUGGUCGUUAUUCAGGAAUAUCGCUGUGUCGUGGAUUGUCACCAUUCCUGCAGCUGGUCUGAUAUCAGCGUUCUUCAUGUGGAUUUUCACUUACAUCAAUUAAUCUCGUUCCUACUGAAAUUUAGUUAGUUAAUUUAUUUAUUGUGAUAUGAAAGUUAAUGCAACCGAAAAUAGUUUCACAAAUUGUGGUGACACCUUGUGAACAUACCAAAUAAACGUUCAAAGAUGAGUAAUUUGUAC